UUGGGUGCUAAGCACCAUCGGCUCGGCCGAGAUAGGGUUGCCCUAUGUAGUCCAAACCUGUAUAACUCUCUGUAACCAAUGUAUCAUUGCAACCAAGCUUUGUAGAAUCGUUAUAAAUACAAGUUUUCGUUGUUGAUACAUCAGCGUCUGCGUCCUUCGAGCCGAUCUCACCCAUUGAGCCACCUGUGCAGACCGUCUCUGACGGUGCGUCCCGGACGCCGAGGUGGGGGUGAGAACCACGCAUCAUCUUAGGAAGAGGAGAGACCCUCUCUCUUUUACUGGCGCAGCCGACAGGAUGGCUUCGUUGGACUGAGCGAGACGAGCUGGAGGUAUCAAGGAGGGCACCGCCUCAAGCGAAGACUGAACUUGAAGAUUGGUGGCACCUCCGGUGAUCACCAAGGGUCCAGGUGUCGAGAAGGAGCCCGAGCGGAGAGGCAACGAGAACCUUCGAGCGAAGAGCUGACUGCGAGACGGCGACAAGGCCUCGACAAGGAGUUCUUCCGUGACGGACAGCACCGUGCUCCGUAGCUCACCCGUCUACAGAACCGUGAGUUCUCUCGUUCUCUUCGUCUUUGCCAUUGUUGUGUUUGAGAGGUAGCAGAACAAAAAAAAAAGGAGGUAAAACAGAACCGGGAUGGCGAGUGAGAGCGGUGAGGUUGGAGAUGGUCGGGGCGACGAUGUAGAAUUCCAUUUGUCAGUGGAACAAAUGGAAUAUCACUUGAAAAUGGCGGAAGAGCGGCGCCGUGCUCUGGAAAUUGAGCUGGAACUGGCAAGGCUGCCCGCCGAGGCAACAAUGCGAGGGCAGGCCUUGGGCGGUAAUGAUUUGACGUCAGAGAGGAGUUCUGAAUGGCGUCGGUACUCUAAAUUAUUAUCGGGGGCAUUUCCUAAAUUCCCUAGUGAUGCAGAGGUACCUAUUUGGUUUGAGUCUGUGGAGGGCACACUAGAGGCCUACGAUGUACCUAGGCAGUUUUGGGGUCAAGUCGUGUUCCCGAUGAUCGCUGAGCGGAUGGAGUACCUUUCUACUAGGCUAACCGCAGCACAACACCGCGAUUACGAGAGCGUAAAGGAGGUAGUGCUCGAAGAGCUUAAAUUGUCGCCCGCGGAAUACAAAGGGAGAUUCCUCGGUGCACGAAAGCGCAAGACGGAAACGUGGAAAAGUUUCGCUACGAGACUGCGCAGCUUUCUCAAUUUUUAUGUUAGCUCCAGAGAUGUGCAGACGUACGAGGAGCUGGUCGAGCUUCUAGUGGUCGAUCAGCUGAAGACAGGCUUGUCAGGGGAGGCAUUGAAAUACGUUACCCUACGUGAGGGGACAACUUGGUUCAGGUCCUCGGAAUUAGCCAGGUUAUUGCAAACUUUUGAUGACGCUGCGGGCAACAUGAGAACGCCCGAAGUGCAACUAAGUGGCGCCAAACCGAAGGCCCCACCCAGACCAUUCAGUGGCUAUGCUAACAGAGGGACGGAGUUGGGGGGCAAUCCGAACACCCGACCGAAGCAGCCGCAUUCAGGGGGUAGAGAGAGUAAACCACGGACAUGCUUUGAAUGCGGGUCCCAGGGGCACAUUCGCAUUAACUGCCCUCGUCUGCGUGAAAGACGGCCUCAAAAUACGGUUAACGCGAACCGCGAUGACAGACUAACAGCAAGGGUGUGCUACUGGAUGCUGUAAUGAGGGCGAAAGCCGCUUGCUGAACGUGACGUUACGUUGCAAGGGUAAAGAAAUAGCAGCAAUUGUUGACAGUGGGGCCGAGAUCACCGUUGUUAGAGAAAGCGUUGUUCCAGAUGAAUUAGUGCAGUCGCACGGAAAAAUCAGGCUGAGAUCGGCGUUCGGCGAGGAAGUAGAAGCGAAAUUGGCAGUGCUCCCCUUGGCUGUCAGGCAAGGUCGCCCCUCGUUUGCUUGCGUGGCGGAACAGACACCACUAUUGUGCGCCCUUACUGACAAAUUGGACUCACGCACAGACUGUCUUAUUUCUGCAGAGGAUUGGGGUAUUUUGCAAGAACAGAACGAUUGUGAUGAAGGUCCGAUCAUAGAGAGAAACGCCCCUGUAAUGGCCCCAGAGCUAGU